AUAAUAAUUAUUAUUUUUGAUUAAAGAUAGCUAAAUUAAUUAUUUUUUGAUUAAAGAUAGCUAAAUUAAUUAUUUUUUGUAUAACUGCUCUUACCUUGAAUAUUUACAAAACACAAAAUCGUGUUGUGUUGUUCUUGUUGAAACUCAAUCUCAUGAAACCCUAACUUUUUCCUAUUCGUUCAAUCUCAUAAGUAUACCAAAAUCGAUCAUAUACAGUGAAAAUCGUGUUCGUGUUCGGCCAAUAGUACGUCUUCUUCAUCGUUUUCGCUCUCAUCUUUCCUUUCUUCGUCGUUUUCAGAUUUUGAGGCUUUUCAGUGAAUCCACUGAAAGUAUAUCCAUCUUAAAGGUAGAUUUAGCAGAGGCCAAGAAACACCUUAGUUCCCGCAAUUGCAUCAAUUAUGGUAUUGAUAAGUUGCGAAACAUAAUCUCCUUGUUGGAUCGAAUCGAAGACAUUGCUAAGGUCCGAUUUUUAGUUUCGACAUUGCUUGAUCUAAUUGUGUGACUCCAGUCAGUUGAUUGGAAUAAACAAGUCUCUCAACCAGCAUUUAAACUCGUGCUAGCUGGUCUGGUUUUUUAUGCCCUGAGUUGGAUUUUCUUUAGGCUACGUAUGCAUUUUGUAUUUGGAAACAAGACUCGACAGCCUCUGCUGCAAUAUUCAUGAUGAAUGCCCCUCAACCCACGUCACAGAGGCGGAAGCAUUCCGAAGACACUCAAUUGUUAAACAUAUUCCUCCCUCAUGACGUCAUUAUACAAAUCCUAUCAUUCCUUCCGGUAAAACAUCUGAUGCGAUUAAAGUGUGUCUGCAAAUCAUGGAAAACCCUCAUAUCUGACGAUUCCACAUUCGUCAAAUUACACCUUAAACGAUCCGCACGAAAAAAGCAACUAGCACUAUUUUCAAUGAUAUGCAGACAUACCUCUAAUUUCAGUAUCACAUGCUUGCGUCAGAAGAACCCAUCUGUCGCCCUAGCCAACAAACCUCAUUUCCAACUGAAUGAUGACGUCUAUGGAUUCCUGUUUCCCGUUGGUUCUUGCAACGGAUUGCUCUGUUUACAUGGUAAAUAUUUAAGAGGUAAUUAUGCAGAGAUCUUGUUUUAUAUAUGGAACCCAGCAACCAGGAAAUUAUCCAACAAAAUUGUGUUUCUUUGCAAGCCUGGCACUGGUAGGUGGACAUUUGCAUUUGGUUAUGAUAAUUCAACUGAAACUUACAAGAUUGUUGCGUUCCAUCUAAUGACUAAUGAUGUGAGAGUUUUCUGUGUUGGUGAUAAUGUUUGGAGAAAUAUUCAAAGUUUUCCCGUGGUGCCUACUUACAGUGUCCCUUCACUUUAUAAACAUUGGCAUCCGAGUAUUGAACAAGGGGUGUAUGUGUGUCGGACUCUUAACUGGUUGACCAUUCGAAAUAAGUUCCAAAAUGAAAACCAAAUUGAUGGGAAAUGUAUUACUGCUGAUCAAUUUGUGAUCAUCUCGCUUGAUUUGAGUACUGAAACAUACCGCCAAUUGCUGCCCCCUUGCGGUUUUGAUGCAGUGUCAUGUGUUCAGCCAAUUCUUGCUGUGUUGAGGAACUCUCUUUGUUUUUGUCAUGAUUUUCAUGGAACCGAUUUUAUUAUAUGGCGGAUGAAGAAAUUUGGAGUUCAAGAGUCUUGGACUCAAUUUGUUAAAAUUAAUUAUCAGAAUCUUCAUAACUUGGUGCCACAGUAUCGUCGAUUUCAAUUGUUCCCGAUGUGUCUUUGUGAGAAUGGCAAUACAUUGAUGUUGGCAUGGGAUCAAAAUGAGAAAGCAAUCCUCUACAAUUGGAGAGAUAUUACAGUAAAGGAAUCUAGAAUUACCGGUGAAGUAGAUUGGUCUCUUGCCAAGGAUUACGUUGAAAGUUUGGUCUCAAUUAGUUGAAAGUAAGUUUCUUUUCGAUGAUUUACUUGUUUGAAAGUUAGUUUGGAAUUUCAUUACAAGAACAAAAAGUUGGCAAGUCAAACACAAUUUAGAGCAUGGCCUUAUCAGUUAUCAUUAUGGUUUUUGAUACUUGUAUUUGUGCGGUUUCUGUUUGGUGUAGUAGUUUGUUGUAGCUUUAUUUUACUGGAGCUUUUUUCUCUAUUUCUCUGGUGAUUCUGCCAAGAGCUUUUUAAUUUCGGUAGUGUUGGUUGUUUCUCGAUCUCUUUUGUUAGUUCCCCCGGUUGUAUUCUGUGUAGUACAUGUUGUGCCCGGAUAUAGCCUAUUAAUAUAUAUUUGCUAUUUCAAAACUA